CUUCGAGUUCUUGUUCUCUCCGUCCACCUGUUGAUCCAGGCUGAGGUAGGCCUUUUCUCUCAUUCGCGGGUGUGAAGGAUAUUAGGGGAGUUGUCUUUGACUUGAGAGAAGAGAGACGGAGGGAUAAGAGCAAGUCAGCAACGCACACAUUGUCCCAAAAUGACUUCGAACCAGCCCUUCAACACCAGCACACCUGCAGAUGAGCAGUUUGAUUUUCUAUUCAAAAUUGUUGUCAUUGGAGACUGCGGUGUUGGGAAGACAUGUGUCGUCCAGAGGUUCAAAUCAGGCAUGUACAUCGAACGCCAUGGCAACACAAUUGGUGUGGAUUUUUCAAUGAAGACUGUUAAUGUAGACGCAAAAAAAGUUAAGCUCCAGAUCUGGGACACAGCAGGGCAAGAACGCUUCAGAACCAUAACACAGAGUUAUUACCGCUCUGCUAAUGGAGUAAUAAUUGUGUAUGACAUCACAAAACGCUCAUCAUUCCUCAGUGUACAGAGAUGGAUGGAUGAAGUGCGGCGAUACACCCACCCACAAGUAGCAAUUGUUCUUAUUGGAAACAAAUGCGACCUGGAAACCCUGCGGGAAGUGGAAUUUGAGGAGGCCGAGGCUCUGUGCGAGGUCGUGCCAGAGAUCAUGACAGUCAUGGAGGUUUCAGCCAAGGACAACACCAAUGUGGAUGAUACAUUCUUCCACCUUGCAAGCGAGCUGAAGAAUCGCCACGACUCUCUCCGUGACCUCAUUCGGCCUGAUCUCAUCAAGCUUGGAAAUACAGAGUCGCUGCGCCGGUGGCCUCGCUGCUCUCUGCCAUGUUCACAAUGAUUGACACAAGGUGCUUCGUCUUUAUCCACCAUAAUCGGUCUUUUCAAAGGACGACAGCCAGCUCUGUUUUUCUUUUAAAUUUCUGUGUGUUGUAUAUAUUUUCAAAACAUUCCCUCCAGUGAAAGAUUAGACCGUUCCAUACGAAUCACAGAGUCUCUGCUCUACAGUAUUUCCCAUGAAGGGUGUCGUGAUCAGUAGAUUUCUUGAGUAAACAAGGGAAAGGAUUUUAAAUUGGUAUAAAUAUUGUUUGUGUGUCAGAUAAUUACACAAUUCAGUUUGGUAAAACACUGUCUGUGAUAUGUCAGAUCUUUUAAGCUAUUCUUUACUGUUACUUGUAAAGACAGAAUGAAUAUUAUUAUUAUUUUUCAAGUUAUAGGGACCACAGGAUCAAGUGAUUGAUUCUCAAGGUGAUAGCUAGUCUCAAAGAGGUAGUGAAGUGGUUAAAUAUUAGAGUAAGUGAACUGCAGAGAUUGUUGUUUUUCUCUUUUUUUCUUUUUCCAAAUCAAUUUAAGAUAAAGCUUAUUUUACAGCCUGUAUGAGUGUGCAUGUGUUGUAAGGGUCUCUUUAUGAUAUUAGUUGUGAAUAUUUGUGUAUGGAUAUGUUAUAAAUUUUUGAAUUACUAUAUUUAGAAUUUUAUGCUAUUGUGUUCAGUGUAUUCCCCCCCAAGUGAAUUUAGUAGAUAGUGUUGAACUGUCAUCAUUUAAGUAUUCCUGAGUUUGACUUUCAGUAUCAGGUGACUUAGAAAGGGACAUGUGCAGAUCAGUUAAUAACCAGCAUCAGGGUAAAGUGAUUCAAACAAUAAAUGUGCCCAUAUGAUAAAUGCUGAUUCAAGGAACGUUUACAGUCUCUGAAUCUCUGCUCAUUUUUAAAUUGAGUGUGGUGAAACAUAUUCCAUUGUCUUGGUCUGAGGUUUAACUAUAGAUGUAACCUAUUUAUUUUUUAAUGCAGUUUAACCUGUUAAUCUACCCUAGCAUGUCGAUCUUCUACUUCAUAAAAGAAAAAAGAAAGAAAAGAAAAUCUGAAACAUUACCUGGCAGAUAUUAGUCAGAACAGAAGUGAUGUAGCCCCAACAAACCCUACAGUAGUAAAAAAAAUAUCUGAAUUACAGUAGUGAGUGCAUAAUUUUAAUAUGCUGAUUCUGAGAGGUUAUGUAUAUAUGCCUUGUCCACUGGGAUUUUUGCUUAUCAAUUUUGUUUACACAAAAUUGCUUUGGCACCAAAUAGACAGUUACAAAGCCUACCUGAUCUCACCUGUUGAUCCCAUUCCUUGGAUUUAGAAAAUAUGUUUUUAUUUUCAUUACUUAGCAAUGUAAUACUGUUAUAGUAACAAUGAUGUCAAUAAAUAUAAUAAUGUUAAUGUUAUUAAUAAUAAUAAUAAUAAUAAUAAUAAUAUUAAUAAUAGCUUUAGUAAAUUCAAAGAAUUGGAUGAAGUAGAUGAGAUCAGGGUUAGGUCUAUUAUUUGACUUCCUAGCAAUUUAGUGAUGAAGUGUUUUUGAAACUCUGCCUGUGUGUGUGUUUGUGUUUGUGUGUGUGUGUGCGUGUGUUUGUGUAAAACUACAGUGGACAAUGUAUGUAUCCAGCACCAGUAGGCUAAUUGUUGGUCAGGAGAAACAGGAUUCAUUAUGACACUUGUUAAGCAAGACACAUUUGAGAAUGAGUAAUUUGCUCAUUUUCACAGGAUUGGCAUAUAUGGACAUGGCGUGUCCACUGUGAGUUUAGCUGAUUGUCUUUACACCUAGAUGGCUCCACAUCUACUUAGUCCCCAAUAAGCCAAGUACUAGCACUACCUUUCUCACUUGUUUACCUUUUUCCUUAGACUUUAUUUUUUUACUUUUUAUUUUUAUUUUUUCUUUCUUUUUAUCUUAUCUGAUCUGAUUUUAUAUUGCUAUUAGUAAUAUUAACAACAUUAUUAUAAUUGUGUUAACACAUUUCACAAAACAGAACUUCAGUGAACGCCCAAAACAAAACUUCAGUGAACAUUACAUGUUCCGGAGGCAUUGGGCAUAUUGCCCUUUUCUGCAAGUGACGGUUAUAACACUGGCAAUCACCACUUUUUCUGUAUAAUUGGAUUUGCAUCAGGGAGGCUUUUGUAACAUGUAACCUCUUUCUUAGUAUUGACAUUUUAUAUUUUUUAGUUGACAGACCGCUUGUUGUGUCCAUUGGCAGUCUUUCCUAAAGUGAUUUCAGAGAGUAGUUGUGUGGACAUUACUUUCUCUGCCUUUUAUUGUCCGCUGGCAGCCUAGCAUAAGGCAUAUUUGCUUUUCUUGAUUUCUGAUUAGGUCUGGAAGGCAUCGAUGUUUAGUAGACUCUGUCACUUAGCUCUAUCAGGACCAUUGCAGAAGUUAAAUACUCAGAAACAAAGUACAAUAUGCCUGUAGGUUUUGUUUGUAGUUCUUGUGGCCGUUUUUAGUUGUGUAAAUAUAUAUUUUUAAAACUU